AUGGCAUAUGAUCGAGACGAGUUCGUUCGUCUUUUGACAGACUAUUACAACUUCUGCAACCGCACUUUCUGGAAUGCCACUAUCGCGCAGGCUCCCGCUGGUGGGUGGCCUUCGAUCAACCAGGAGACAUUGGCCAACCUCAAAAAUAACGACACAGUCAUUGACCUCUUCCGCCACAUCCCCUACGUCGAAUAUGUCGAGAAAGAUCUCAUUCAUGCGCCCCUCGUCAUGAAGAACACCCCUGUCAUCGACUACCGCCACGAGGACGUCCAGAAGAAAAUCCGCGAGGGCGAGAUCGAAGGCAUCGCUGCGCCUUUCACCGGCCGAGACCCCGCGAUCCCGCCUUCUUGUGCGUGCAUAGCUAUAUGCAGGGGCAGGAGCGGUUAUCAAGUCGUACUAGACACUGACGACGGCUACAUCUACUGGGGAGACCCGGAAGGACAGCACGAUGAGCCCGCGCCCGAGCUGAAUAGCAGUCUGGCACGGUUCGAGGGCGACGAUGCCAACGAGUGGCGCGCCGGUUUCAAUGUGUAUGAGCCUGCUGACUUUUUCACGAUCUGCAAGGAGAGGUUCCGGGAGAUGAACUGGAUCGGGCUUGGUCCAUGGGAUAUGUCUGUCAUGAAGCAGAACAUGGGUUGGGAAUACGAGUCCGAGCCCGACUCUGAUUCUGACCCCGAGGAUGAUUUCAGCCAUAACAAGCUAGCUAGGAAGAUGACGAAGGCGGGCUGGCCUGGUGACGGAGAAGGCCGGGACUGGGACCGUCCCAAGUUUGAGAGGCUGGUUGAGCAGGGCAAUAACGAGGAAGAGUAG